GGGGGGCACGAGAGCAUUUGAGGAUAACGUACUGACAGAGAAGACGACUGUCUAACUCCAACAGUUCCCGUUACUUUGCUUGACGCGGGUAGGGCAGUAAUGGAGUAAAGAAACUCUUCAAGUUCAAGGGAGCUCAGAAUGGCAUUUGACGGGCAUCAGAGCACAUUUGCAAAUUCACUCUUUCCCACUUACCAGCGUCAGGCCAGUGUAAAUGUGGGUGGUGGAAGCAACAGAAAGGCGACACUGCCCUUCAUUUCUGUCCCCAGUGUCUCACUGCAGGAACAGGACACAGCAUCCUAUGUGCCCUGGUCUCACAAUGCUCACGAUGAUCCCUGUGAACUUAUCAAUUGUUCCCAGAACAACAUUAAAAGCAGGAAACCCACUGAUAACAUUGAUUGUGACGGGGAGACUGAUCUGCAGGGUCUAGUGUCAAAUAUUUUGGAUGAAGCAGAUUCACAGGACAGCUACUACAGUGAGGGGAGCCUACCUACAUGUAAUCCUGUCUGGUCUCCAAAGACAUUGAGAGAGGAACUGCUACAGUAUUUUCACUUAGAGGGAAAAAUGCAACAUAACCCGACCUUUCCUCCAAACUAUGUAUCCCGUGAGGCUUUCAGCAAAGCACAGGCACAGUCAAUGGACAAAGAUGUUGAAGAGAUUGUUCAGCAGUCCAAUGGUCUUGCUACCAAUCAGCAAUGGCUUUUUAAUUUGCCUAAUGGAGACAGGGACAACUACACCCUGCGUCCUCAAAAACUGCCACCUGGUCUACCAGUGCCCAACACAGGAAACAUGCACCUGUCACAGAUGCAACAAAGCAAAUAUGACAACAUGUCAGCUGAUAAAGACAGAGGAAAUAGUCAGCCUGUGAAUAAUUUCCCUGACUUCAAUGAUGUCUUUAGACCUCAAAGCGAAAUGAACAGCCCCUGCUUUGAUCCUUACUAUGAAGAUCACCAUGUCCAGAGCAGUGCCAAGCCCAUUAAUACUGACCAGUAUGUGCCACAAGACAUUAAUCAACUGGUCAGCAGUUUUCAGUCAUUCAUGGCUGGUGAGCAUGAUAGCUUUUGUCAUAGAGACUUUCAAGACAUGCACAAGCAGUCAUUUGGCAUGCUCCAUGAAGACAGCAUGGUUGAACAAUGGAAAAUCACCAGUCCUGCAGUGUCAACACAAAGUGCUCCUGCAAUGCAGACCCCAAAACAGCUGGGGGGAGAAUUCGGGAUGGUGCAGAGGGAAAUAAAUGGAGGAGUGAGAAAACAAAUAUUUAAACAUGAUGCCUUUCAAGAUCUACCUGGUUUCAGCUCACAAAACACAGAGUACUUCCAGCAAUCAGAACCAUUCACUGCAUCUGUAAACCAAUACCAAAACAAGAUGACCAUGCACAGAGAGAACUUUUAUGUGAACAUGAAUCAGUAUUCAAAGCAUCACAUCCAGCAGGGCCAGAUACAGAGCAAGAUCAAGCCACAGAUGCAGAAAGAAAAGAAGAUGGGGCAUAUGUCUGGCUUUCUGGGAGAAGGCUUUUCCACAAGAUCUCUAACCAACACUCACAUGAGAGCAGGGGAUAAAAAACAGGUUUUCUCGCAAAACCCAUACUUUGACUUUCAGGGAGGAAUGCAGUCUCAGAGAUUUGAUGGAGAAAACAGCAUGGUCAGUGCAGGGAAUACACAGCAGUGCAUGCCUCUCAUGUAUCCUGUAAGUGACCUCAGAGGGAACUCCAGCUUUCCAAUCAACUCUAACUUCAGCUCCAGAUCCACACUGCCUUAUGGAAGUGGUGUCCCUGGUAUGGAUGUGUGUGAUAUGUCAGCCAGUGAGUCUGCAGCUUUCAACUCCUAUGUCAGUGACAUGAUGACCCGCAGAGGAGAGAGCUCUCAUCAUGGCAUGGCUUCUGCCAUGACUGCUUCACUGGUGAUGAAUCAAGGAGGAUCUGUGAUUCAGCUUUACUUCUACCUGGAUGAGUGUUAUGAGCAGUGGAGGUGUUUGGAGAGGGAGAGAAAGAGGACAGAGGUCAUCCUUACCAAGACAUUCCUUGGGAAGCGAACUACAGCGGUGACCAACACUACCCUUCCCAAAACUCCACCAAACCCCACGAGAGUCGACCACCUUAUUGUUAAACAGAUCAGAGAGCAAGCAAAGGUGGCAAGUCUUCUGGAUAGGAUGGAGUGUUUGCGUAACGUUCCCCUCCAUAUCAACAUCCACACAGCACUGAACAAGCAUCAUAUGGCUAUUUGCAUCACCCAGGCAAGACGCAAGGAAGAGAUUGGCAACAUAUCCAAACACCAGCGGCAAAGAGCUCAUUUCACAGAGGACAGAGACAUCCUGUUGUUGGUCAUCGCACUGAAGGACCUAGCUGCUACCACAAGGAAGCUCCGCACAGCCCUGUGGUGUGCUCUCCAGGUGACACUGCCGAAACCUGUCAAAAGGCAGGACCACCAUGUUAACAAGGAGGCCACAAGUGGAGAGGGGUGCUCCUCUCCAUUUGAGGGAUACACUUUUAAGUUGUGAUUUAGCAGGCAACAAGCAUGAGUUAAGGACCAUAAUGAAAUUAAAAUCAAACCAGAAGUCCCCAUUUAUAAAAUUCCCACAGGCAACAGGGUGAUGUAAAAACAGUUGUUUUUAUAGUCUAUGGUGACAUUUUACCUGCAACACAGUGAUCACUGCAGAAUAUGAGAUGAAUGAGAUUUGAAGUUUGAUGAUGGCUGCAUUUUUUGGCACCAGGGAGCUUCAGGUGGCUAACUUUGGUUGUGUAGGAAUUGCAUGAAAUGUAAUUUAUCCUGGUGCAUCUUAACUUCAAUUCAUUUAAUUAGUGUCAGUUCCAAAUUAACGUGAAUCUUGCUCCAUCACCGUUGUAUUUAAAGGCACUAUUUAUGUGGAAGAUUUCAGUGAAUUCUUCAUUGUUUUACUUAUUUAUUGGAAUGUAAUGGGACCUCAGUUCUGGGUAUUCCCAAGCAAUAAUUGAAUCAUAAGGGCAGUAGUUUAUAGUGAACAUGCUAAAUCUUAAAAUGUUUUCUGAAAUGUUAAGGUUGAAAUUAAUUUCUGCAGCUUCAGUUUUUGUUAUGUAACCUUAACAUGCUUUAAUCAGAAAAUAAGUUCUAUUUAUCUGCAAUUUGGUGAAGUUUGAACUGUCAAACUUUUGAAAAAAAAAAAAAAAAAGGUUCAACGUCUUAAAUAUAAAUGUAUUAAUCACAUUCUCCAAAUACACAUACAGUAUGAAAAAUAUCAUUCCUAUCAGCGAUAUGUAACUAAUAGCUAAGUUAAAAAAAUAUUCUCUGGGUGCAGUUUAGUCUUGCUUUAGGUCAGUAGUUUAAAAUGCUCAUGCUAAAUUAUACUGUGUUUUGUGAAACAUCGCCGUUGGUUCCUGAAUUUAUGACUGUAAUCAGAAAACUCUUUUAUUUAUUUGCUACUUAGUCAAAAGUUUGAACUGUAACAUAAGAAAAAAUGUAAUUGUUGUGUUUUAACUUAAAACGUAUCACACUUUCCAUUAGAUUUUCAGAUCGUAUUACCAAAUAUCCUUAUCAGUGAAAUGUGUCUGUUUGUCAGUGAGGGACCAAAGUAACAGGCAUUAGUCUUAAAACUUAUUCUGUAUCAGUACUUCUCUGACUAUGCUUAGUGAAUGACCAGGGUUGUUCCAUUCCCUGUAAUUUUAAUGUUCAUGUUUUGUUUUCUUUUGCCUUGUUUGUUGUUCUGUAAACUGAAAAAUAAAGAUUUCAAAUUUGCUCAAAAUGUUUUUUUUAAUUACUUUAAAAAGAUGAUGAACCUCAUUAUAAACAUUCAAAUCAUGGUACAUGUCAUGAUACUUGAGGUAUAAUUUAACAACCAGUCCUUUGUUCUUAUUGUCAGACAAAAUGCAUAGUCAGUAAAA